AUGCCGCCAGGAGAGAGGAUGAAAGAGAUCGACGUGCCUUCUUCAAGCCGCAUCGUCUCGAGCGGGAGGCGUGCGUAUGCAGUGAACCCCCCCACCCUCGGAGCAGCGGCCCAAUUAUGGCGCUCCUUCAUGUCCAAGGACCGAGCAUCUACAUCGGUUCCUAUUCCGGGCACCUUCGCCUGGCCGCUUACCGCGAGAGGGAAACCCAGGAGGGGGAUGCUACGACGGGCCGUGUUUUCUGACCUGCAGCGUAAAGCCCUCGAGAAGAUGUUCCACAAACAGAAAUAUAUCAGCAAGCCAGAGAGAAAGAAACUUGCUGAAAAACUUGAUCUCAAAGACUCACAGGUAAAAAUUUGGUUCCAGAACCGAAGAAUGAAAUGGAGAAAUUCAAAAGAGAGGGAGCUACUAUCUUCUGGAGGGUGCAGGGAGCAAACGCUACCCACGAGAAUGAACCCAAACCCAGACCUUACCGAUGUUGGUAAAAAGUCCUCGGAUGAAGAGGAAGAGGCCUUUCACACAGAGAGACCCCGCAAGGUCACCUGCCACACUUCCACAGAGCUCAAUAAUUUAAAAAGUGUGGAAUCGCAACAUUCGUCGCCGUCUUUUUCCACCAAACACUCGGACUUUUCAGAAUCAGAGGAGGAGGAAAUCACAGUUUCUUAA